AUGCUUAUUAAUAGAACACUACAGUAUGCUAUUGGUUAUUCCACAUUAUCUAUUGGUUUAUUAAGUUGGUCGAUUUAUGAUUCAUUAUCUAAGUCUUUUAAUUCUACCAUGCUACUAGUUGAAUUAACAGAUGGUAUAAAAUUAGGUAUAUUAAUUAAUUUCAUUGUAUUUUCAUAUCUUGUUAUAUUUAAACUAUUACAAAUAUUAAUAUUUGGAUCACUUAGAAUUAUUGAAUUAGAACAUAUAGUUGAAAGAUUACCAUUAUUUGCAAUUAACUUAUUUUUAAAUCUAGCAACUGGGGAGAAUAAUAUAAUCUUAAAUGUAUUUCUAAUUGGAAUGGCAAUGAUAUUUAAAGUAUUUCAUAUUAUUAUGAUUGAUCGAUUAGAUUUUUUAAAUUUAGUCAUUAUAAAUAAAUUAAAUGAUGGAGAAAUGUCAUUAUCUCAAGUUCUAAAAUAUUUUGCCAGUUCAAUUAAUUUUUGGUUAAAUAUUGUUUUUAUAAUCUUUGAUUUUUAUAUCGCUGAAUUUUUAGUAUAUGAUGUAUUUCAAGGAAUUAAUUCAAUUAGUUGUUUAUUAUUUGGUUUUCAAUUUGCUGUUCAAGGAGUUGAAGCAUUAACUUAUUUUGCAAAAUUAUUACUUGGAAUUUAUGAAAUUAUAUUUUAUAGAAUUAGAAAAGGAGAAAGAAGAAAUGAGGAAGAAGAGGAAAAUGGUGUCAAUUAUGAUUCUGAUGAUGAAAUUGAAAUUAUAUGGGAAAAUAAACCAUAUUAUUCAAAAGGAAUUGAAAUUAUUUCAGCAAUCUUAACAUCUAUUUCAUAUAUGUGUUUUAUCUAUUUAUUAACUAUUCAUUCUGGUUUAUCUUUACCACUUUCAAUGUUACAAGGUACUUAUUCAUCAUUAAGAAAAGCAUGGAUUCAAAUAUCUCAAUUAUUACAAUUUAUUGAAUCUUCAAAAAGACUAGAUUCUCAAUUAUUAAAUGCAACAAGUGAAGAUUUAAUAAAUCUGGAUAAUCUAUGUAUUAUAUGCCGUGAAGAUAUGCAUUCAAUUGAAGAAUAUAUGAGAAUUUUUAAAAAAUUACAAUCACCAAGAAAAUUAGCCAAAAAAUUGCAAUGUGGACAUAUUUUACACAUGGGUUGUUUAAAAGAAUGGUUAGAAAGAUCAGAUAGUUGUCCAUUAUGUAGACGUAAAGUAUUUGGAAAUGAUCUAAAUUCUGAAAAUGUUCAGGUUCAAGAUCCAAUGACUAAUGCUCAUCCUGGUGAUGAAAGAAUACCCGGUGAACAAGAAGAAGAAAAUAAUGUAAAUAUUGUUGCUCCUGGUGAACAACAGCAAUUUCAAAGAGGUUUAAGAGAAAUUGGUAAUUCUUUGGAAAAUAUAUCAAAUCAAAAUAACGCUCAAGACAAUCAAAGUACUACACCUACACCGACUGAAAAUACAGAAGGAAGUUCGUCAAAUCAAUAUCAAACUAUUAAACUACCUAGUUCUGCAUUAUUACCGCCAGAUUGGAUUAUUUUACCAUUGGAAAAAUCUCAAGAUCAAAACAUAGAUUAUAAAGUUAAAAUUUCAAAUUAUCAUCAAGCAGAUUUGAAAUUUAUAAAUAAAGAACCAAGUAGAGAUAUUCAAGUGUAUAAUACUCCCGAAAGAUUGUCAUAA